AUGGGAGACGUCGCCGUGGAAAACCCGGCGAACAACGUCACGCCUCUUACCAAGUCAGCUCCGCUGGACACCAUCCCCAACAUAGAUUCCAUCGAAGGCACGGGGACUGAUGGUGGUGAUGAAUAUGCGACCUUGAAACGGCUCCAGAGACAUCUAGAGAGCCUGAAAAGAGAACUCGUUCGUGCACAGGAGGAGAUCAAGCGGAUACAGAGCGUUCCCCUAGUCAUCGGCCAGUUCAUGGAAGCGAUCGAUCAGAACACCGGUAUCGUGCAGUCGUCGACCGGCUCGAAUUAUGUUGUCCGCAUCCUCUCUACUCUCGACCGUGAAAAGCUCAAGCCCUCCUCCUCGGUCGCCCUCCACCGACACUCCAAUGCCCUCGUGGAUAUCCUGCCGCCAGAGGCGGAUUCCUCCAUUGCCAUGCUGGGUGAAAGCGAGAAGCCGGACGUGACAUACGCCGAUGUGGGUGGUCUUGAUAUGCAGAAGCAAGAGAUUCGGGAGGCGGUCGAAUUGCCCUUGACACACUUUGAUCUUUACAAGCAAAUCGGUAUCGACCCUCCUCGCGGUGUCCUGCUUUACGGCCCCCCGGGAACUGGUAAGACCAUGUUGGUCAAGGCCGUGGCGAACAGCACGACUGCCAGCUUCAUUCGCGUGAACGGCUCCGAGUUUGUGCAGAAGUAUCUGGGAGAAGGUCCUCGCAUGGUUCGCGAUGUGUUCCGGAUGGCCCGAGAGAACUCUCCUGCCAUCAUCUUCAUCGAUGAAAUUGACGCUAUUGCCACGAAGCGUUUCGAUGCGCAGACCGGUGCGGAUCGUGAAGUGCAGCGUAUCCUUCUGGAGCUCUUGAACCAGAUGGAUGGUUUCGAACAGACGAGCAAUGUGAAGGUCAUCAUGGCUACCAACCGUGCCGAUACGCUAGACCCGGCUUUGUUGCGUCCCGGUCGUUUGGAUCGAAAGAUCGAAUUCCCCUCGCUCCGUGACCGACGCGAGCGCCGCUUGAUCUUUACUACCAUCGCGUCCAAGAUGUCCCUGUCCCCAGAGGUUGACCUGGACUCAUUGAUCGUUCGUAACGAGCCUCUGUCUGGUGCCGUCAUUGCGGCGAUCAUGCAGGAGGCUGGUCUGCGCGCCGUUCGGAAGAACCGCUACAACAUCAUCCAGUCCGAUCUAGAGGAUGCUUACUCUGCCCAAGUCAAGACCGGCCAGGAAGCGGACAGACUGGAGUUCUACCGGUAG